AUGAAAUUUUUCCUCAUCUGUGAUCUAAAUAGAGGAGUAUUUACUAAAACAGAAGUAUUAGAAGCUGAAACAUGUACAUACCAAAUUGAAUAUUAUAGUUCAUUAGUUUGUGAUUGUAAUUAUGGAUGUUCAAAUCAUGGUGUAUGUAAUUAUAAUGGUGGUGGUUGUUUAUGUGAUUCAAAAACCAAUGGUACUCAGUGUGAAACUUCAAAAAUAAUUAUUAAGGAAGUAUAUUACUAUAGAUAUUUUCAAGAAGAUAAUAUAUCAAUUUUUGGAUUCUUUGGAUACAUUUCACCAAUGUUAACAACUGUUAAAAUUGAUAGAAUAGAAUUUUCAACAACAAUCAAAAAUAUUAAAUUAUCAUUGGAUGGUGUCUUUGGAACAAUAAGUAAUGAAAGUACAAUUCAUAUUGGUGAAUUACAGUGUAAUAAUAUAAAACAAAUAAAUGAUUUUAAUAUUGUUUAUCAAGUUGACAUACUUCAAUUUGGUGAAAAGAAUGUUACAUUCACUGAUAAUGAUCUAUCAUACACAAUUUUAAAAGAUUUUGGUAAUUGUACAUCUCAUGGUGAAUAUGAAGCAAAUUCAUGUUUAUGUGAUUCUAAAACCAAAGGUGACCAUUGUGAAAUUUCUAAAAUAUAUAUUGAUUCUGUAAAAUCCCCAACUAUUGAUGGUGGAUUAACAUUUAUUUAUGGUUUCUUUGGUAAUAUAUCUGAAAAUUCAACAAUUGAUAUUGGUUCAAAUCAAUUUUUCAAUAUACUCCAUUACUAUUAUCAAAGUGUUUUAAAGAUGAUAAACCAUGUGGUGGUAUAUCUCAAAGGUGUUUGCACAAAUAAUGGUUGUAUUUGUAAAUCACCAUGGGUUGGAAUUGAUUGUUCUUCAAAAGUUAUAAUAAUUCCACAACCUUCAAAAAAUGAUUCAAACCCUACAAUUGAAUUUGAAAUAAAUGACGAACAAACAAAUAAAUAUAAUAAUAAUAAUAAACUUUUUAAAUCAAUUAUUUCAACAACUGAUAUAACAAUAACAUUACAAUGUGAUAUUAAAAUGAACCCAUCAACAAUUAAAUACACAAUUGAAAUAUCAAAAUAUAAUUUUAAAAAUAAAUUAAAUAGACUUCAAUUAAUUAUUUCAGCAAUGAUGAUAAUAAAUAAAACAUCAGAUGAUGACAAUAACAAUAAUAAUAACAUUUGCUCAAUUAAAGAAUUUGGUGAAACUAUAAAAGAAGAAAAUUCAAAUUAUUUAAAAAUUCAAAUUGAUAAUCAUUCAAUUUAUGCUAGAUUUAUUAAAAGAGCACAACAAAGAUAA